AUGGCGCUCGCACAAGAGACGAAGCGCAUCACCGCGCAGUUUGAGUACACAGACGAAGAUGUGAACAAAGGCGUCAAGGAGUUCCUUCGGCAAAUGGUCGAGGGGUUAGAACACGACGGCACGAGUUUGAGCCAAAUACCUACAUACGUCACUGGCGUUCCCAAUGGCACUGAAAAGGGACUAUACCUAGCUGUCGACCUAGGAGGCACGAAUUUCCGAGUCUGUUCCAUUCAUUUGAACGGCGACACCACCUUCAACCUGACAUACAGCAAAGUAGCAAUCCCGAAGGAAUUAAUGGUCGCAGAGCAAGCUGGCGACCUGUUCUCAUUCUUAGCUAAGCAGAUCGAGCUAUUUCUCAGAACUCACCAUGAAGACCAUUUCGAAGCUCACGUGCGCCGGCGGCAGACGGUGAGCACCCCGGAAGGUUACCGGGAUGAGCAGAUAUUUCGACUUGGCUUUACUUUUAGCUUCCCAGUUCAGCAGUAUGGAAUUAACAAGGGAACUCUUAUGAGGUGGACCAAGGGUUUUGACAUCCCGGAUGCUAUUGGCAAAGACGUAUGCGCCUUGCUCCAGCAGGAGAUUGACAAGCUUCGCCUCCCUGUCAAAGUGGCUGCUCUGGUGAAUGAUACUGUUGGCACGCUUAUGGCUCGCUCUUACACUUCUCCGGGUAAAACACCUACUCUUCUCGGCGCCAUCUUCGGAACUGGAACCAAUGGUGCCUACGUGGAAAAGCUUUCCAACAUUAAGAAGCCUGUCGAGGGCGACUACGACAAGUCGACGGGUCUGAUGGUCAUAAAUACUGAGUGGGGCUCCUUCGACAACCAGAUGAACACAUUGCCGAAUACUUCGUACGACAUAGAAUUGGACAAGAAGAGCGUGAAUCCGGGCAUCCAGAUGUUUGAGAAGCGGGUAUCCGGCAUGUUCUUAGGCGAGAUCGUCCGUCUGGUAAUUGUCGAUAUGCUCAAGAGACCCGAGAUCUCGUUGUUCCGUGAUGAUAAUUCUAGUCAGAACGAUUGGAAGUCCACCACUACGAUAGGCCCCGAUUCUGGAGUGUUCAAACAAUGGGGCCUUGACAGCUCGAUAAUGUCCAUUGCCGCAGCUGAUAACACACCGGAUUGUUCAUCCCUUCGUCAAGAACUCGAAAAACAAUUGCAAAUAUAUGCUGCCUCGCUUGAAGAUGCUUUGGCAUUCAAAAACGUAGCAUAUGCUGUUGGACGUCGGGCGGCGCGGCUCUCUGCCGUCGCUCUUGGUGCGAUUGUCCUACAGAGUGGUGAGUUGAACAAGUCGACGGAUGAACCGAUCGACAUCGGCGUUGACGGUAGUCUCGUUGAGCAUUACCCCUUCUUCCGGGACAUGAUCUACGAGGCGCUCGCUGCGAUUGAAGGUAUUGGUCCGGAGGGAGCAAAGCGGAUCCGCAUCGGAAUCGCUAAGGACGGCAGCGGUGUCGGCGCAGCUUUGAUCGCACUUGUUGCUGCGAGUAUGGAAAAGAAGGCUGAGAGGGUCGUGAACACGAUCCCGGAGGCCGGAGAGUCGACAACGAUAGCAUGA